UGCCGGACCAAUGGCGAGCAAUAGUCUCUUAAUUACUUGGGGGGAAACAGUUUUUCACACAGUUUGGUCCAUUAAAGGGACGCAUAAAGCGUCCGCAUCAGGGCGGGUGAGCGGGUCGGAGCGGGAGUAAAGGGCCAUGCAGACGGACAGGGUCGCUAGAGAGAGCCAGGCGGCCCCAGAGCUGAAUGAGGGAAAGGCGUUGCCACUAUCGUCCCAUUUCAUCGACUGUAUUUUGGGCAAAGGGAGGGAAAACGGAACCGAGACGGACCAAGAACAAGUGACGGGGGUCCGUUCCUCCAACAAAGCGGCGCGUCCAUCCAGCAUGGUCUGCCGCCAUACGGAUGCUGGUGCCUUCAUCAAAUCCCCCCAGAAGUGGAGUUCCGCAAAGGAGGGUGCGACACCCCCGGGGGGGGACCUCUCUCCCCCGGCCGGGACUCCCCAGAAGCGCAAGCAGCGUCGCUACCGAACCGCGUUUACAAACCUGCAGUUACAGGAGCUUGAACGGGCUUUCAGCAAAUCUCAUUAUCCGGACGUAUUUUCCAGAGAAGAAAUAGCGCUCCGUCUUGAUCUAACGGAGGCCAGAGUUCAGGUUUGGUUCCAGAACCGUCGGGCCAAGUGGCGGAAGCGUGAGAAAGCUGGAGCACUGAGCUCCGUAGCGGGGCUUGCCGCGCCUGGCGCGCUCGGGCUCAGCCCGGACAUCCCGGUGAGCCAGCGCCACCUGCUGGAUGUCAGCUGGAGGCCAGUUGGUGGGUCCACCCUGAGGCCAGCGCAGCCUACGCUCGUGAGCCCUGCCUCACUGGGGGGGCUCAGCUUGGGGGCCUAUGCCUGGGCCUCACUGUUCCAACACUCACUGCUCCACCCAGACUUUCACAGAUUCCUGACCAUGGUGAACCACCCAAGCAGCCUGACGGUGGCGUCUGGUGAAGGCUUUGGCCUGUCGGGCGGCGAGAGGAGGACGUCCAGCGCAGCUGAGCUGAGCCUUGAGGCCAGUGAGCAUCACACCAUGGUCCAACAGCUGGACACGUAAUCUGGACGGUUCAGGCUGCCAAGGCCCCAACCCGAGUAUACAAACCUAUUCAAUGCCAGUCAAAGCCUUUGUGCUGCCCUCUCUCACACUUUGUGUGCUGCAAGCUUAAAUGCUUCGCCGCUGCCCAAUUUCACUGUAUCUUAUGUGGUGUUUGCUGGGAUAGGAGGGGGU